AUGUACCGGCAAAUACUCAUCGACCCCUCCCAGACUCGAUACCAGAGAAUCUUCUGGCGAAAUCACCCGUCGGAAGCAUUGAAGGUGUUAGAGUUGUUGAAAGUUACAUACGGAUCUUCAGCUGCUUCGUUUCUCGCGGUGAGAUCGCUUAUCCAGCUAGCGUGUGACGAGAGUAAGAAUUAUCCGGAAGCGGCCGAAGCGAUCCUGAACGAUUCCUGCAUGGACGACAUCCUGUCUAACUCGGAUUCGAUCGAAUUAGCCAAGAAGUUACGCCGUGAUCUGGAGAUGCAGAUGCUAAAGGGUGGAUUCCCUAUCCUAAAUUGUUGUUUCAACUCGGAAGAAGUGUUUGAUAGAAUUCCUGAAGUGGAUCGAGAUAUCCUGGUACCCAUUCUGGACUCCAGUGCUAAUGAAGUGAUGAAGGCUUUGGGACUCCUGUGGAACCUGAAGAAAGACCUAUUCCUGUUUCGCUACAAAUCACCUGUUUCGACAAGGGUCGAAGACAAGGUGAUAAAGCGGAGUGUCCUGUCCCAGUUGUGGCAGUUGGCGAAGUUGUUUGACCCCCUGGGACUCGCGACACCGGUGAUCGUCAAAGCGAAGAUCAUUAUGCAGUGCCUGUGUGCUUUCAACCUUGGAAGGGAUGACCCUAUGGAAGGCGACUUACUUCACCGGUGGACGGAGUUCCAUACAUCGUUGAACAAGCUUCACAACCCCGUGAACCCAAGAUGGGUUGUAAUUCCUGACACGGAAGCAAUCGAUAUCCAUGGUUUCGCCGAUGCCUCGAAAUACGCCUAUGAUGCGUGUGUGUACCUUCGCUGCAUUGAUAAAGGCGGGUCAGUAGUGUCUUAUCUCCUAUGCAGCAAAUCCAAAGAAGCCUACACCGUGCUGACUCAUGUUGAGUCAAUCGUUAAUUCCCGGCCAUUGUAUUCUUCGUCUGAUAUUCCGAAUGAGCCGCAGCUUAUAUCUCCAGUCCUGAUCUGA